UCAUUGAUUGAGAACACAAAAAGAAGGGGUUACUCUAUCAAUUUGAUUCUUAUAUAGAUUUCAGGAGAUGGCAGCCCUUCCUCUUCUGAGCCCUUACAAGAUGGGAAAGUUUGAUCUGUCUCACAGGAUUGUCUUAGCACCUCUCACAAGAUCAAGAUCUUACGGCAAUGUUCCCCAGCCGAUUGCAGUCCUGUACUACUCUCAGAGGACCAGCAAUGGUGGAUUCUUGAUCGCUGAAGCCACCGGGGUCUCAGACACUGCUCAAGGAAUACCGCACACCCCUGGAAUCUGGACGAGGGAGCAGGUGGAGGCAUGGAAGCCGAUUGUGAAUGCCGUGCAUGCCAAGGGUGGUGUCUUCUUCUGCCAACUCUGGCACUGCGGCAGGUUCUCCAAACCUGAGUACCAGCCUAAUGGAGAAGAUCCUGUGUCGAGCACCGACAAGGCGGCGCCUCCGUACGUGUACGACAACGGCUACGUCGAUGAGUUCUCUCCCCCCAGGCGACUGAGAACGGAUGAGAUCCCUGGAAUCGUCAACGACUUCAGAGUCGCCGCAAGGAACGCCGUCGAAGCUGGCUUCGACGGAGUAGAGAUCCACGGCGCCCAUGGAUUCCUCAUCGAACAGUUCUUGAAGGACAGCGUGAACGACCGAGACGACGAGUACGGCGGGAGCUUGGACCGGCGCUGCCGCUUCGCCUUGGAGGUGGUGGCGGCCGUCGCCGACGAGAUAGGGGCCGACAGGGUCGGGGUACGCCUCUCGCCCUUCGCUGACUACGGGGGGUGCAGGGACUCCGACCCGGAGGCGCUUGCCCUGCACCUGAUCCGACAGCUGAACCAGAACGGCGUUCUCUACUGCCACAUGGUGGAGCCGGAGAUGACCGUCGUCGACGGCCGGCUGCGAAUCCCCCACCGCCUCCUUCCCAUGAGGCAGGCGUUCAAGGGAACCUUCAUCGUCGCCGGAGGAUACGACCGCGAGGAGGGCAACAGAGUCGUCGCCGACGGGUACACGGAUCUGGUGGCCUACGGUCGGCUGUUCUUGGCCAACCCCGACCUGCCCAAGCGAUUCGAGCUGGACGCGCAGCUGAACAAGUACGAAAGGCUCACCUUCUACACUCACGAUCCUGUCGUCGGGUACACCGACUACCCGUUUCUUGAAUCAUCCGCCUCAAGCAUGCGUUGACUUCACUGUGUUCAAGCACCACCGAUACGUUGACUUCAGUCGUCUGCCAAAUGGGACUCAAAACAUCCGUCAACGUAUGCGGACCAUGGUUGCCAAUUAGUGCUGAAGCUUAACCUCGUUACGUAAUGUACAUGUGUAUCAAAAACACAACCUAAAUCUA